GCGCACCAGGAGAAACGGUGCUGCGGUGAAGGCGCUUGGAACGGGCUGAGCUCAAAACCAAGAGGAGAAGGAUUUCCACAGCUUCCAAAGAGACGACAGUCAAACCACGGCAGGGACUGAGACCUUCCGCCACCACCAUGAAGGAAGACACUGAAAAAAUCUCUCUGGAUGGUGUCGGCUGGAGCCAGACCAAGGUCCAGGAUGCUAUUUUUUGCUCUGAAGAAGACAACAGUCUGUAUUUCACAUACAGUGGCAAAUCAAACGUUCUCGAGGUCAAAGAACUCAACUACCAGGUUAACAUGGCAUCCCAGGUUCCUUGGUAUGAAAAUCUUGCGCAGAUGAAAAUGCCCUGGACCUGGAAAGCGGAUUCCCAUUCUCAUGUGACAAUAAUCCAGAAUCUGAAUUUAAAAGUUCACAGUGGUCAGAUGCUAGCUAUUGUAGGAAGUACUGCUGGUGGAAAGACAUCCUUGCUUGAUGUGAUAACCUGCCGGGAUCAUGGAGGCAAAAUCACGUCCGGUCAAAUCACGAUCAAUAACAAACCCAGCACUCCCCAGCUUGUUAAGAAAUGCAUAGCACACGUGCGGCAGGAUGACCGACUGCUCCCCCACCUGACUGUCAGAGAAACGCUAUUGUUCGUUGCCAGACUGCGCCUUCCAAAGUUUUUUUCAGACUCACAAAGGCAAAAAAGGGUAGAAGAUGUUAUAGCGGAAUUACGCUUGCGUCAGUGCGCAAACACCAGGGUAGGGAACGAGUACCUCCGUGGUGUUUCGGGAGGUGAGAGGCGGAGAGUGAGCAUCGGUGUGCAGCUGCUCUGGAACCCAGGAAUACUCAUACUUGAUGAACCAACAUCUGGACUGGACAGUUUUACUGCACAUAACCUUGUGAUAACGUUAUCCAGACUGGCCAGAGGAAACAGAUUAGUUCUUCUUUCACUUCAUCAGCCCCGGUCAGAUAUCUUCCAACUGUUUGAUUUAGUUCUCUUGAUGACUUCUGGAGUCACUGUCUAUUCUGGAACAGCUAGAGACAUGGUCCAGUAUUUCACUGAACUAGGCUAUCCCUGCCCAAGGUACAGCAAUCCUGCAGAUUUCUACGUUGAUUUGACCAGUAUUGAUAAACAGACUGAAGAAAAGAAGACGGAAAGCCAAAAAAGAGCAAAUACUCUUGCCAAAUUGUUCCUAGAAAAAGUGAGAGAUUUUGAUGAUUUCUUAUGGAAAGUUACUGAAGGAGACAGCGUUGCAACUGCAUUCAGCAACCAAAGGUCCCAUUUAGAUUCAGAAGAGACUAUCAACAUGCCUGACCAUUCAAGUGAUCAGUUACCAGCAGCCUUAAAGCAGUUCACUAUAUUAUUACGUCGUCAAGUCUCCAAUGACUUCAGAGAUAUUUCAACGUUACUAAUCCGCGGAUUUGAGGCCCUCUUCAUGUCAUUUUUAAUUGGAUUUUUGUACUACAGCCAUGAGAAAACCAGACUCUCUGUUCGUGACACGACAGCACUGCUGUUCAUGAUAGGUGCCCUAGUCCCGUUCGCAGUGAUUUUGGAUGUUAUUGCCAAGUGUCAUUCGGAAAGAGCUAUGCUUUAUCAUGACUUGGAAGAUGGAAUGUACUCUGUUAGCUCAUAUUUCUUUGCUAAGGUAAUUGUUCUCUUGGUGUGGCUGGCUGUAUACAGUGCCCGCACGAUGGCACUUUGGGCAGCAGCACUCCUGCCCACAUUACAGCUCUCAGCCUUCUUCGGCAACAUCCUUUUCACAUUGUUCUACCUGAGCGGAGGUUUUGUGAUAAGCCUGGAAAACCUCUGGGAAGUUCCAUCUUGGUUUUCUAAAAUUUCUUUCCUCAGAUGGACUUUUCAAGGCCUGAUGCAAAUUCAGUUCACUGACAUGACGUAUGAAUUCACUGUUGGAAAUAUUACUUUUUCAAUACCAGGGAAACUUAUCACUGGCAGUCUGGAUAUGGACUCCCAACCUCUCUGCACAAGCUAUCUCGUCCUGGCUGGUAUCAUUUGCAGCUUCCUGCUUUUAUACUACUUAACUCUGAGGUUCAUCAAGCAGAAAUCACACCAAGACUGGUAA